AAAAUGCCAAAAUUGCAUGCAAUUUUAACAGCAAAAUGCGGAGGAAGCAUGAGGACCCCAUUUUUAGACGUUUCACAUAAAUAGCUGCUCGAAACACCAUCACGGCCAACAGCUAGCGAGAGAUCGAGCGGGACCGGAGGAGCCUACCGCGCGUCUCGCCGUCUCAGCUCCGCAAGGCUUGCAGCCCUGCCGGAGAUGCAGACGACGACCGUGCCCAUGGCGGCAGCGGCGGCGGUGGCGCCGUCCACCACCACCUCCUCCUCCGCCUCCUUCAAGGUUGCGGCCUAUGCUUGGUCGUCAUGCCGGAGCAGCUCCUCUCCGGCGACAAGAUUGGUCGCCGCCCCCAAUCACCAGCGACCACCGCUAGUUGUUGGAGCCAUUGCCGGCCUGGAUCCGGUUACCGCGGUGCAGCUGCCAUUAACCGCUGGGAACGUCGAGUCUGUUCUAGAUCAAGUGCGCCCUUACCUGACGGCAGAUGGAGGGGAUGUUGCCCUUCAUGAAAUUGCCGGGAAUGUGGUGAGGCUGAAGCUUCAAGGAGCUUGUGGAUCGUGCCCAAGCUCGCUGAUCACGAUCAAGAGGGGCAUCGAGCGCCGCUUGAUGGAGAAAAUACCAGAUGUUGCUGCUGUUGAACCUGUUACAGAUAAGGAGACUGGGCUUGAGCUGAAUGAAGAGAAUGUUGAGAAGGUUCUCAAUGAAAUCAGGCCAUACCUUGCUGGCACGGGAGGUGGUGGCCUCCAGUUUCUCAUGAUCAAGGGCCCCAUUGUGAAAGUUCGGCUCACAGGCCCUGCUGCAGUUGUGAGGACUGUUCGGAUUGCCGUGAGUAAGAAGCUCCGAGAGAAGAUUCCAUCCAUCCAAAUCGUCCAAUUAUUGUCAUAGUCUGAAGAAUAUCUGUGUGCCACCCCUCUCAAGCAGCACAUCUGCAACACUGUACAGAAAAUUGAUGUAAAUUUGUAAAUUGGUUGCAUUUCAGAAGCCUCACGAAGAGUUGCCCAUCUUUAGUCAGCAUUCAGCACAGGGAUCAGAUAUAUCAUAUACUAUCUGUCUAGAUCUGUAAUGAAGUUUUGAUCUGUUCCUCUUGAAAGAAAGAUGGAAAAGUGUGUUUCUUGGUGGAAUUCUGGAGUUAUUUUAACCCAUCGUAAACAACAGCACACGUUGACUUAAAUUUAACUUGCCUUUUCUCUCUCUAAUUUUGUGCAGCUCUGCCAAAGAGUGCAAAUUAGAAAAACGUAAACUCUUGUGUAUCAAAGGAUUUCUCGAAGCAUGGAAAACACGACGGAACAGAUGUUUAUCAAAA